CCCUUCAAUUUUCCUCCUGCAGUUGCCCAGUGUAGUUGGUUUCCAGAAACUGGUAUGGCAGAUCCUAACAAAUCCCACGUAGUACCAUCGGUUUUCAUUGAUCACGAUGAAAAUGGCCAUGGCGGCAACGGUAACUUCAUGGAUGAAGUUGAUGGUUCAAGGAAUAUAGACAAUUACGAGUGCAGUGCGCAAGAUUAUGGUUAUACGACAGGUGGCCAAAUUAAUACACAAAUUACAACAAGCAAAUUUCGAGCUGCUGAUAUUUCUAUAGGCUCAAGUUCAGGGAAGGUCGACUCUGAGGACGAGCUUACUGAAUCUUCCAACAAUGAUGGUGUACUUGAAAAUUGCCUGGCAAGUUAUGUCCAAGCGAUCUUUGCACAGCAUCGCGCUAUAUUCGACUAUAGUGAAUGGCUAAGAUCUCAUAUGGCUUCAUCAACAGAACUAUUAUUCGGCCGCAAUCAAUGGCAGAUUAAUUUAACUGAUCUGUUUCCACCCCACCAUUAUAACUCGGUGGUGUACUGGAGGACAAAAGUAGCCGAAGCUUCUAAGAUCCAAAGACCAAUGUGGACGGUGUCACACAUGAUGACUUUGUCACCCAUGGAGAAAGUUAUUAGUUACUAUCGUGCUUCGAAGGUGGCUGACAACUUGAAUGAUGAGGAUUUGCGUUGUUUCUUGGAGGAACAGCUGUGCAAGGAGAAAGCAGGGCUGUCAGAGAAAACUAUUGCAAUGCGUUUAAAAACAAAGGUUUAUGUAGCAUCGAAAGUGGAGGAAAACCCCGAUGCUUGUAGUAUUUGCAUGGCCGGAUACAAGGACCGUGACAAGGUUGCGAGUUUAUACUAUUGUUGUCAUGAGUAUCACGAAGAGUGCAUAAAGGAGUGGCUUCUCAAGAGCAACCUCUGCCCCAUGUGUAGAGCAUUAGCUAUAAUCCCAGAAGAUUACCCCUGUUGGGAUGCUGAUGUGCAGCUACACCAAGCAUUCUUUCUGCAUUUACAGUACGCAAUUUGAUAGAGGCUUCUCAGGAGGGACUAUAUAAAAUAAAGGACUUCCCCCGGCCGAUUCCAACAACUCGUGUUUGUAACUCUUUCCAGGCAGUUGUAAAUAUACGAAGCUUUCCUGAUAAGUAGUGCUUGCUGCCGCAAGACUAGCUGUUGAAUAAAUGCACUGCUGAGAAAACGUCGUGGAUUCAGCUUGCUCAAAAACAAAGAAGA